AGAUGCGUCAGAACGGAUGACUGUGCCCCACCUGUAACGCGUGCCAGUGGGUCAAGAUGUUGCAGAAUGGUAGAAGCACAUUGGCUACUACAACAAAUGUUCAAAUGCAUGUUGAUGGAAGGAACACUGGGUAUAGUAGGCUAUCAACAAUAGAUGAUACAUCUUACAUCGACUACGAUCCAUCAAAUAGAAUCCCAUCAAAAAGACCGAACGUUUGUGACGAUUGUGUUUGUGGGAUCGGUAGAAAAACAAGAAUAGUAGGUGGUAACGAGACAAGUGUCUUUGAAUAUCCAUGGUUGGUUAGUAUGACCAAACAGGGUGUAUUUUAUUGUGCAGGAAGUUUGAUCACCCGCAGACACAUUCUUACAGCUGCUCAUUGCUUGGAAGGAUUCGAAAUCAAGACAAUCAAGUUGGUGAUAGCAGAUAGUGAUCGAACUAAACUUGCUUCAACAGCCAUAGUUCGUCGUAUCAAAUCAAUAAUUAUUCACGAAGAAUUUCAUACGUAUACUUUUGACAAUGAUAUCGCUAUUAUAGAAAUGGAUCGUCCGGUAUCAUUGGAUGGUAUCGUUCGAACUGCCUGUUUACCAGAAGACAAAGCUAUAGAUUAUACUGGUGCAACGGCUACGGUGGUUGGCUGGGGACGUAUUGGUGAAAAUAAACCGAUCAGCGACAAAUUACGUAAAGUUAAUGUUCCGAUCUUGUCUCAGGAAGAAUGUGAUCAAGCUGGGUAUCAAAAAAAUCGUCUUACAGAUAAUAUGUUCUGUGCUGGAUACCUCGAUGGACAACGUGACGCAUGUUUUGGCGACAGUGGUGGUCCACUUCACGUGAAAGGAUCAUACGGCCAUUUGGAAGUAAUAGGUAUAAUAUCUUGGGGUCGUGGUUGCGCAAGACCGAAUUUUCCUGGAAUAUAUACGAGAUUAAACAAUUACAUGGGUUGGUUGAAGGAUCAUCUUGAUAACGAAUGCGUAUGUCCACCACCGCGUACUCUUCAAACAAUAAAUCGAUUAUAUUCGAAAGAAUAUUUGGUGCUACGAAAGAUGAACUUGCGUUUGUUCAAGCUCAAGAUUUUCAUUCUCCUUUUUAUCAAACUGCAAGGAGUAUACGUACAAAGUUUUGACCUUGAACCUUUGACGUGGAACAAAACCCGAUCUUCUAUUCGUACCGGAAAGUUCCUGUUCGAUGAUUUAUUUGGCAUUGAUAUCACCGCAGGCGUCGAUGACGAUGAAAUUACACGAAAUUGCACGUGCGAGUGUGGUAUAACAAAUCAAGAAAAUCGUAUAGUUGGUGGAAGACCAACAAUACCAAACAGAUAUCCAUGGGUAGCUCGUUUGGUUUAUGAUGGACGUUUUCAUUGUGGUGCGAGUCUAAUUAAUAAUGAUUACGUUAUUACAGCUGCUCAUUGUGUAAGAAAUUUGAAACGAACGAAAAUUCGUGUAAUACUCGGUGAUUAUGAUCAAUAUGUAAAUACAGAUGGUGUUGCAACAAUGAGAGCAAUUAGUGCAGUUAUACGUCAUCGAAAUUUCGAUAUGAAUUCUUUUAAUCACGAUGUGGCUUUGCUUAAACUUCGUAAACCUGUCAAAUUUACGAAAACUGUUAGACCUGUGUGUCUACCUCAAGCUGAUUCUGAUCCAGCUGGCAAAGAAGGAACUGUCAUUGGAUGGGGACGAACAUCGGAAGGAGGAAUGUUACCAGGAAAGGUUCACGAAGUGCAAGUACCUGUAUGGAGUUUGACACAGUGUCGAAAAAUGAAAUAUCGAGCGAAUAGAAUCACAAAUAACAUGAUUUGCGCUGGUAAAGGUACUCAAGAUUCUUGUCAAGGUGAUAGUGGUGGGCCACUUCUCGUAUACGAAGGUGAUAAAUUAGAAAUAGCAGGUAUAGUUUCGUGGGGAGUUGGUUGUGGUAGGCCUGGUUAUCCAGGAGUUUAUACUCGAGUUGCAAGAUAUUUGAAUUGGAUCAACGCAAAUAUAAAGGAAAGCUGUCUCUGUGUUAAUUAACGUUCUACUUCCAUUUCAUUUGACUACAUUACUUCAUUUCAAAUGACCGAACAUUUGGGAGUUUCCAUUUCUAUGAAAUAGAAACGACAGUUAAAACCGAGAAAGUUUCAAGAUGAUACAAUGACACAAAUUUAUAUCUGUCGUGAAUUAAAAUACGACCGUUUUCAAAAGUGUGUCUGUGUGGAUUUUACACGUUAGAAUCGUACGGUACAAUACUCAAACGUUCCUGGAAUAAUAUUGUCGAGUAUAACGGUUUAUUGUCGAAUCGGAAUACUUAUCGUUCAGUAUCGAUUAAAAUGAUAAUAAAUAAAUAAAUAAAAAUAAAAAGUGUGUUAGUAU